UCUCUCUUCUCUCUCUCUCUCUCUCUCUCUUUCUCUCUCUCUCUGUCUAUUUCACUCUCCCCUUUCCUGCUGUGUCGCACUUCUCUUUCUCUUCCCUUAAGUCGUACCUCUGCUCCCUUCUCAUUUGUGUUUCACUUUCUCUCACAUGUGCUUGUCUGCUUCGGAUGUGCUGCUGUAUCCUUUUGCAUUUGUAGAAAGUUUAUAUUUAUUCUGUCCUGUUGGACUCAGAAAAGGAGUGUACAGCUUCAUCAGCUGAGAGCAUUUCAAGACGACGUGAAGCUGAAAAGAACACCGGGUCAGAGGGCUUUCUACGGUCAAGGGGGCAGGACUCAUGCUGCACAUAUACACACAAACAUGUGUUCCAGUCCAUUCAAAGGGUGUAUGGUGUGGGAAUGGAGAUGGGGGAUGUCCCUGUAUUCUUCACAUCCUGGACAGCCAGGCUGUCAGGGACAGGCCCGGGUGGAGAAGCCUGUGAGGAGUUUGCAGAGAUGGCACAGUGGUAAGAACUGUCAGGUGGGUCAUAUCACAUUCAGUCAUCCCUCCCUCUCUCUCAACUUUCCAGUUGACCUGCUUAUUCUCUUGCUAUCUUUUAUUUCAGGCUUCUUUUUAUUCCUCUUUUCUAUCCUGCAUUCAAUCCACAGCCACACCCCCACGUUUCACAUGAUGCCUGUUUCUUGUUCUCUUUUCUCAAAAACCUGUUAUUAGAAGGAACUGCUAAGACAAGCAUCACUGUUAGUACUAAUACUUAUGGUUAGGGAUUUAAACAAACCCCUCACACUAAAUAUUGAACCUUUUGCUGAAUAAAUGAAUGAAACCUUAAAUAUAUCACAAUCUCAUAAUACUCCAGGAACAAUUGGUGGCUUUUUGCCAUCAUUUACAGGUCUAUCACAUGGUUUAGUCCUAUGAUUAAUCUGCAACCAAUAGGCCCAUCAUCAUGGCAGCUGUGAUAAUGACUAAGAGGAGUUUAACCACAAUAUCCUCAUCCACUUGUAAACACAACAAACUGUUCUGGAGACUGGUGUCACACAUUGAUUUAACACACUAACAAUGAAAUAGCAACAUGCUAUGCAUUUACAAUAUGCUUGAAAUGGCAUAACGACUUACUUAGGACCAUUCAGAACACCUUAGCAAUGGCAUAGCCACAUGCUAACCCCUAACAAGGUAGCAAUAGAACAGCAACAUGCUAACCAUUCAGAACACCCUAGAAAUGGCAUAAUAUCUUACUAAAAUCCAUGCAAAACACCCUAGAAAUUACAUAACUUACUAACAACCAUUCAGAAAGCCCUAGCAAUGGAAUAGCAACAUGCUAACCAUUUAGAACACCCUAGAAAUGGCAUAGCCACAUGCUAAUCCCUAGUAUGGAAGUAAUGGCACAGCAACAGGCUAACCAGUCAGAACACCCUAGAAAUGGCAUAACAUCUUACUAAAUCCAUUCAAAACACUUUAGCAAUGGCAUAGCAAAUUGUAAACUAUUCAUAACACCUUAAAAAUGGCAUAACAACUUACUAACAACCAUUCAGAACACCCUACAAAUGGAAUAUCAUCUUAUUAACAACCAUACAGAACAAACUAGCAAUUGCAUAGCAAAUAAAUUGCUAAUAACCAUUUAGAACAACUUAAAUGGCAUAACAACAUGCAAACCUUUCAUAACACUUUAGCGACUGCAUAACACAACCCUGACAAUCAUCCUGGCAUUAUUUUGCUCAGUCAGUAUUUCCUCAGAAGUGUUCUGCAGCCAUCUUAAAACGUUAUCUUGAAGCAGCCUUGAAGCAGCAGAUCUCUUAACACAUUUUGAAUUUAUUUGUGUGCGUGUGUUCUGACAUAUGUUAUGACAGAUCUAGGUCUUUCUCAACAGUUUUUCGUGUGAAUGGGAAGUUUCUGGUCAUGUCAGACUUACGGGGAACCUUUAUCUUGGUUGUUCACCUCAAACUGUCACUGAUGGAAGAAUGCAUCAUUCAUGACUCAUUUGUCAUGUGGUCAUUUUGUUUCUGAAUUACUCUGCACCUCAACAGCCAAUCAUUUCACUAAAAAUAUAUCCUCUGUGAUUACACAACCGCAUUGCUGCAUUUCAAUUAUAUAUAUAAUGUUUGUUUUGUAUGUUUUUUUUUACAUUUUGCUUGGUACUCUGACUUAUUAUAAUGUAUAUUAUCUAAAAAAUCACAGUUCUCUACUGGUUUUGCAUUAGAUAUUAAGAUACCCAAUGCAGUACAGUGAAACAAAAAACAACAACAGCAGCAUCAACAACAACAACAACAAUAAUUCUGGCAUUUAAUGUCAGCUAACCUUUAACAGAUUAAUUUGCACCAAAAUAGCAUAGCUUCGAUUAAACACACAGCCUGUGAUGUCAACAAUAUAACAUAUGGGAUAAUGUUUGAUUAUUUGUUGUUCCCCAAAGUUUCCCCUGUAUUCCAUAACCUCAUAAAAACAGUUGUGAUCCACUGACAUAUUUGUAUAAAUGUAUUUAUUUUGUUUAUUAAUGUUUAUAUGUGUGUGUGUGUCUGUUAUUUUGUCCUGUCCUCACAUUUCUCCACAGUACCGAAAGAGGGAGUGGGGAUAGAGAGGGAGGGAUAGCAAAAUUAAAGGGAGUUCAUAACAGAAAUGAGAGAAUGAAAGCCAUAGUUGAAAACCCACAUGUUGUGUCUAUUGCCUUUUCUACCUCUCCUAUCUGUUUCUCUCCUGCACUCUCUCUCUUUCUAUCUCUCACUCUCUCUCUGUCACUGUUAGGUCAUUCUGACGUCCGCUUCUCAGCAUCUCUCACUGGUGCUGCAAGAGAGUUUCCCUGUGCAGUCUGAAGCCUGAUUCCCCCCAAAUCUCACCUUUUGCUCCUCAUGUGCUCUGAGACUGAAGACGACCCGCUUUCUACUUCUGUGACUUUAUUCUUUAAAUCUACUGAAAUCUUCUGCCACUUUGAAUCCGAAAUCAUCCACCAGUAUCGUUGCACACGAAGACGAAAUCUUUGCAAGAAGAACAGACUUUGCAAUCCGAGAGAUUCCUCGGGAAUUCUCACCCGUCUUUCUAUCUCAUAUCUUUGUCAUGGAUCACCUCUGGACGUUUUCCCAAACCCUUUCUGGAAUUUAUUUUCAGCGCUGUAAGAAAAACAUUGAUAAAGACACACGCUGAGAAAGUCUUUGUGAUAACUUCAACAAGCAUAUAUAGUGGAGCAGAUGGGGGCCCUUAUUGGAGCUUUUCCCCUGUUUGGCGCCUCUCUACAGAAGCCUUUCAGGGAGUACCUUGAGGCCCAGAGGGCAAAAUUACAACACCGGGCAGGCGGGCGGCAUGCAUAAGAGGCCACCCCAAUAGUAAGUCUCAUCACUCAUACAGAAUAUCUCUUUCGUUCAACCUUUAAAUUUACCUCAAUCCCAGAUGUGGCUUUUGUAUUUUUGUAUAUUUAUCCUUCAUUCCUCCUUUUAAUUUAUUACGCGCACCCCCAUUUCUUUUUUGUUCCACAUCCUAAUUACCUCCCUGCACUAAUUACUGCUUUGAGACUGGUUUUAUUCUACCAUGUGAUUCUGUUGAGGUGUUAUUGUUUGCAUGUGGCAGACUGUAGUGUCAGGGGCUUUGCGUGGGCCAUGCGGUGGUUGGUCGCGGGGGCCCGAGCGAGGUCUGGCUGAGGAGGGAUGCUGAGUCAUACUCAGAGUGAACCGGACACUCCCCCGCGUCACACUAAUCCAUCCCCCUACCCCCCCCCCCCCCCCCCCAACAACUCCGGCAGCCGAACCCUGUUGAACCCGGCGCAGGCUGCUGGAGACGGGAGGGGCCCCUAGGAGUAAAAGAAGAAGGAGGAGGAGGGAUGGGGGAAGUUGGGAAGGGAAGCAGCAGGGGGAGGGCGGGGGGAGGCUGAAGCUGUACUCUCGAUUUCUGCCACUGCCGAUCCCUCGCAAGUGCGCACGGAAACAAAGAGCUACACUUUUUUUUUUUUAUACCUUCGUCUGCCGUGUGCAAAUCGUUCGUUUCAUCUCAAGCACUUUUCCAGCUCGUGUACAUGCAUGCGUAUGUGUGGGAGGAGGAAAUGAAAGAGAGAGAAAGAAAGCAAUGAAGUUGCACAAUAAGAGAUUACGGAUGUUUCUGGAACAAUGUUCCUUUUUCUGGUAACUUGAACCUCCUGCUGUUACUUAAGGAAAGCUGCGGGCUUGUUCAACCGACAGGAAGAAACUAUGCCACUGUGCGCGUGUCACUAACAUAAAUCUUGUUUUAAAGAAACAGGGAGAGAUUAAAUGGAAAUGCAUGUGGAGAUGAUGUUUUUGAUGAGUUAAUGCAUUACAGAUUAGGCAUAAUUGACUUGAAAAUCUUUUCUCUCUCUCUCUCUCCCCUUACAGGUUUAAGAAGAUGGUGAUCAGCAUGGUUUGUUGCAUCAUAAACUUAUGGCAUCCAACAAACGUAGAGUAAAACUAAAUCAAGGAACCUAUUUUAACCCAAAAUCGAAUAGCUUCCUCAACCUGAUGAGAGCUACUGCUAGAAUAAUUUUUCAUUGAGGUUUCUUUUGUGACAUGGAUAUCGGUUAACAUUUUUAAUGUGCUUGCUUAGCUGGUGGUUUGUGCUGAGAUACUCGUGUUCUCAGCUCUGUGUCUUGCACAGGUUAUCUGAUCCCAGUGGUUGAGAUGUUAAGGUGCACUCUGGCUUAUAUUGUGUGUGGUCUAUAACAUUUAGACUGCAUUAAUUUUGUUUUAAAAUAAGUUGUUAGACCAUUUAUGUGCUUUGCAAUUCAGCCUAUACCAGUCAAUGGCGCUCAUCUAAUUCUAGAUUCAGAAUUUGACUGAAUUUACUAUAACAGGAAGUUAAAGUAAUGCUGACUCAAAAGUACCUGAUUCUAAAGUUGCUAUAAGAUGUUAUGCACAUUGACUAGUGCUUGUAUUACAUUACUUUUUCUGAGCAGAGACCGUCUUGAGUUCCGAAACCUUUCGUCUAGAGUUAUUGUUUUGUUUCCAGAGAUCCAAAGAGGAGAGGGAGAAGGAGUGUGUGUGUGUGUGUGCGUGUGUGUAACCACAUGACUCACUACAGGGCCACUUCACCAGAUGCAAUAACGCAUUCAAUCAGAUUAAGAAGCGCUUGUGUGUUAGGGCACAUAUGUGUGUGGGCGGCUGCCACGUUUCCUUAUCACUUAUAUUCUAUACAUCUGAAGAGCAUCCGGUCUUACUGGAGCGUGCUCACUGCUGUGAGAGCUGCUGGACUGGAUUGUCAGUCAGUUUGAAAGGUUAGUAUCUUGACUCGUUUAUAGUGACGACUAGUUUUAUAUUUACAUGCAGGUAUCCAUCUUAAAACGAAUGCAUUUUUUAGUCGCUAGUACAGUGGUGGUCCAGCAAAACGUCACAUUUUGGGCGACUCCCUAAUCUAACAUACCUGAUUCAACUCAUUAUUAGAGGCUCCGUUUCCUGAAAUGGGUGUGUCAUAUCCAAAAUCUGGAGUAUUGGGGGGCCACCGGGACCAGAUUGAGAACCACUGCACUGGUGGUAGCUAGGCAAACGUCUCCGUGCGUCGCUUCCUUUUGUGUCUUUUUUUCUUUUAAUUGCUUGUAAAAAGUUUUUUUCUGCGCUUUUUUGUAACGCUGCCCUGGUAUGUGAGUCUGGAAGCUGCUGGCGUAUAAAAAAAUGGAACAGUGUGGAGUUUCUUUUGCUGUUACCUUAAAUGAACCCUCUACUGAACUCAAUGCACUGGCCGCUGCUGGCGUAGACGAUGAGAGGAAUGUUGCCAGAUCUCCUGAGAAAAGCAAGCGAAUGGAAACGCUCAAUUUUAUGGAUCACCAUGAAACAUUUAGAUUACAGAAAUAAUAAUACCAAUAGCAAUAAUAAUAAUAAAAAAACAGAUUGAGCAAUUAUGACUGCAUUGACUUACAAAAUAAUGUAAGAUUAUAUACUUCAAUUAUACUCCAAAAAUAAAUAUUUAUCAUAUACAAUUGCAUAUCUAAAUUAAAAAUAAAUAAAACAUCUUAGUAAAAAUGUAUACAAAAGUAAUAUUAAUUAAAAAAAAAAAAUCUGGUGGUUAAGUAGGAAAAAGGAAUUAAUGCUGGUAAAUAUAAAAUUUUUUAUGUCUUAUACAGUUCUACAGUCCUCUAAAUUAGAAAUCCCGAAACAUGCGUGUUUGUUCUGCCAAUAAAUCCAAAAAAGAGCAACGCGCGAUUGCAAGUAUUUAUAAACGUUUUGAUGAAAAGUGGCUUAUAAUACGCGGAUAUGGCAACAUUGCUGAGAGAGAGGGAGCGAGCGAAGGGGAGCGCGAGAGAGGCUGUGUCUCAAAAUCUUGUAGCGAGACAGUCUUUCGAACGUUCGAGCGCGACGAUGAUGCCCCCAAAAGCGCUGUCUAGUUAGGAGCUUCACUAGGAAUAGAAACACAGCCAGGGUGAGACAGAAAGGAGAAGCUGUGUUCGAUUAUCUCACACAGCGCUCCGUUGAAAAUAAGCUUUCGGUUCUUCCAUAACGGGAUCUAAAUCAUUAUAUCGUUAGAAUUGAUGACCACGCCCCUCUUUCAGUCCCACCCUCUCGUCUUAUCAUUGGUAAGUGAGUUAAUUCUUCAUUAUGUGUCUUGAUUGGUGUGGAGAAGUCUCUCCCAGUGUGUCAGAUAGCUUAUCAGACUGGUGUUGGCUGUUACAUUCGUCCGGCGACAACAGUCUGUAGGCUGUCUGACAUUUUGGGCUUUUCAUCCCCUCUAAAAAUCUUCUAUUUAUAAUCGAUGUCGAUUAAAUUGUUAUUAGUAGUUGUCUUUUUUUAUAACCAUAUAUUUUUUUCAAAACUGAUUUUUUUCUUCUUCUCGAUAUUGGUGUCUAAUUUUAUUUAUUUAUUUUUUGGUGGGCUUAUUAGAUAAAUAUUUCCGAUGUGUGUGUGUGUGUGUGUGUGUGUGUGUGUGUUUACAGAGAGCGUGAUUGACGUGUUUCUGCGUAGCCGUUCUUGUUAAAGGGCGUGUGUGUGCGCGCACGUUCAGCACUAGGUUUUGUCCACUUAAAUUUCUUGGGAAUCCAGAAAGAACACACCUUAUUGCAACACUCUGUGACAGAUCUUUUUGCCCACCCCUUCAUUUGCAUUUGCUUUACAGUUUUUUUUUUUUUCUGUCAUCUAUCUGCUUAAUCGGUAUCUUACAUGUGCAACUGAUAUUUGUAAUUAAAUUAAAAACAUGUCCAUUCAGCAGUUCCCCCCUCUGUUUUUCUCCAUUGUAAAACCACAGGGUGAUCUGCUUGGCUUUCACAAUCAAGUCGUCUCAUUUCCUCUUUAACUGUUCAGAACAUCAUGUACUUUAGGGAACCCCCUCUGCCAUUCAUGUGCGUCUGUAUGUCCUGUGUGUAAAUCAAUAAAGAUGAAUGAGGCAAAUGUCAAUCCGUCUCCUGGUUUUUGAAUUGAGUUUUAUAUUCUUUAUAUAUUGUAACUUACAUGCAGUGUAGUAAUAGUAAUUGCAUGCCUAUAAAUCCAAUUCUGCAAGCUGAAGAAAUUAAAAUGUUAUGUAUAUAUUUAGAUAAAAUAAGAGCAGCUAAAAGAAGAAUACAAUAAAUGCAUUUCUAUUAAAACGCUUCAGAAAUGUAAAGUUCAGAUCAAACUUAAAAAUAUAGGUUGAGAUAAAAUAUGAAAUGUUAUGAGUUUUAUAUAGUCUAUUUUUCAGACAUCGAAGAUUGUUUAAUGCACAGCAAUACGACAUAACUGCAGACAUUUAAAUAUAAUUUCUGCAAGCUUCAGACAUUUUAAGAUCACAUUUGACAUUUUUCAAUUAACAGUAAGUUAUUAAAUGAGAGCAGUUAUUUUGUUAUUUGAGUUUUAUUGUGUUUAAUGCAGAGCAAUACACCAUGCAACCGUAAUUGCAAAUAAUUAAAUUAGAUUUCUGCCAGCUUCAGAAAUUUAAAGUUAAGAUAAUUUUUUAAGUAAAAUAUUUAAGUUAAGCAGUUAAAAUAAAACUAAUUAUUAUAUAUACAUGAAAAUAGAGAUAACAUUUUUUAAAUGUUUAAACAGUCUAAAGCUGCAGUAACAAAUAGCCUUCUGCAAAUGACAUUCCUUAUGGCCAAAUAAGAAGCCAUUACAAAAAAAAAAAAAAAACACUAUGAAAAUAUGUGUAGUGUAUUAUAUUAUGUAUAAUAUCAUAUUCAUCCUGUAAGAAUGAAAGAGUUGUUUGGUGAUGUGAUUAAUUGAGGAACGAUCACGCCCAUUACAGUUAAGAGCCUGAGGGUUCGCCAUCAUGCAAAUCUUUCGUUCAAACAGGUUUUAAUAUUCAAAUAAGGCUUGACAUGUUCAGCUGUAGUUUCUUAAUAAUCCCCUCCAUUUUAUGACCAAUCUUUUGUGUAGGUUGCACGAUAAGGUCAGGUGUUUUUGCUUAGCAUGUGGCCAAAUAACACUUUGAUGGUUUAGUUUUUAAUUUUCAACGUGCACGCAUAGGCUACUGUGCACUACCUUUAGCAACCAGUGGGGUUGAACAUUUUUGGAUAUUUAUUUUCAGUAUUUAAUUGCAUAUUAACAGUUUUGUAGGCCUUAAUUAAAUUGUCCUCACGUUUUUCUGUUUUGUGACAAUAAUCUAUAUAAUUAAGAACAUGCUGAUCAUUUGAGACAUCUUGGGAAAAUCUGGGUGAGGGUAAAACUAGUUAACCAUGUCCCUACAGUUUACGGCUCUCUAAAGCAAGUGUAUUCAUGAUUAUGUUGCUAAAGUCCAGGUGAGUCAGGGGCUUUAACCCCUCACAUGAAUCAAUGAUGUGCUGUCGCCUAACUGGACAACACUGGGACACCCAAGCUGACUCAGAAACAGGUGUAAACGUUACCUGACGCAGGGUAUCUUUACCUCUCUCGAAACCCACAGGUAUGUAUCAUUAAAACUAACAGAAGAACAGAGAGUCUGAUAAACUGUUAGCUUCCUUCUCAUUCUCAACAGGUAGCCUACAUAUUUGUUCUUUGUCUUUUUUUCUUUUUUUUUAUUUUUCUACAACAAGAGACCCAUUUUUAUAACAAACAAUUUAGCUUCAAAUAGCUUGAUUUAUUAUAUCAGUCAAAUCAAAAGCCAUAGAUGCAUCGUUGUGUGUCAGAUUGUGUAAAGUAUAUGAAAGGGUUUAUGCCUCUUUUUCAGAAACAUAAACUUUGGAAAAUCCCUGUAACUAUAAUUUGCAUAUAUAUUUUUUUCUUCCUGUUUAAAGCAUAUGUGACACACAAAGUGCCCAUUGUGAUCCAUUCAUGGGGAACAGAGAAUUGUGGCUACCCUGCACUUUGUAACAAUGUAUAUUGUGAGCUCGCAUCUUUCUUCCAGUCAACGCUUUUAGCGAGCUCACUGACUUCUGAACGUCAAGACCGUGUAGAACAGAAUAAAAGGUUUAAACAGAAUUACACUUCAUGAAUAAUCAAAUAGUGGCCAAAUGACAUCAAUCUCCUCCCAAACCUAUACAGUAUAGGCCUACACCUAGCUAUUCUACACCAAAUCAAAUAUGCCCAGGCAACACAAAAUAGUUUAAGGAUACCAUAACACCGAAAUAUAAAUGUAUACUGCAAAAAAAAAACUUUAGAGGAAAAAGAAACGGCAAACAACACCGAAUUAAAUACAAACCUUCAAAGAAAGACUGAACUAUUAUUUACCUGUAUUUUUGUGUGUGUACAACUUGGGGGAAGGGGGUGAUUUAAACCCGAAGAAGAAAGAAACAUAAAGAAAGUUUUUUUUUAAUCAUUAUUAUUAUUAAAUCAUGCACUGAUUAUGCAGUAGCACUGAUUAUACCGUUGCUUUAUCCGUGAGGUUUAACAGCGCGAAAGCAGAAGCUCUAUACAGAAGCACAACAUCGGCAGGUCUUUUGUCGACAUCUGUUGGCAGUGCGGCGGUACUACAAGUUAAAACCAGCUGCCAAUACACACAGAAUGACGCGUUUUUGUAUCCGUAAAUACACCCACUUACCUCAGCUACAACCUUCCGGAGUAAAAUUAUUCGUUUGUUUAACUAAACAAAAACGUUAAUUCAGUUGUUGACAGUUGUUGUACACAUUCCGGAGCAUGCGCACUUACUCUCUGUGAAAUUCGCUAUUCGUUGUUUAUCUUUUACCGGUAGUUAAUCUCUGUAGUGAUACGUAGUGUACCGCUGGUUAUGGCGGCGGUGAUUCUUGCGGCACCAUGAGAUGUCCUUAUUCACUGUUAUUCCGGUAUUGGAGUGUGUAAAGAGACAGUGACAAUGGCUGGUGUUUUUGAUAUCGACCUGGAGGACAACGUGUCAGACGAGGAGCUCGCCGACGGGGCCAGGGGCAGUGAAUGCCUGGACCAGUGCAGUGGCUUUGAAUUUAUGGAAGACUGCGAGAAGUUCGAAAUCUCCGAGAACAGUGUGAAUCCAGGCACAGAGCAGAUUCGUCCUGAAUGUUUUGAGUUGCUUCGUGUUUUGGGUAAAGGAGGAUAUGGGAAGGUUUUUCAAGUUCGCAAGGUAACUGGGGCAGAUUCUGGGAAGAUAUUUGCCAUGAAGGUCUUGAAAAAGGCCAUGAUUGCUCGCAAUGCAAAGGACACCGCUCAUACUAAAGCAGAGAGGAGCAUCCUAGAGGAAGUGAAGCAUCCCUUCAUUGUGGACCUCAUAUACGCCUUUCAGACAGGAGGGAAACUUUAUCUCAUCCUCGAGUACCUAAGCGGUGGAGAGCUGUUCAUGCAGCUGGAGAGGGAGGGGAUCUUUUUGGAGGACACAGCCUGCUUUUACCUGGCAGAGAUUUCCAUGGCCUUGGGUCAUCUUCAUCAGAAAGGCAUUAUUUACAGAGAUCUGAAGCCAGAGAACAUCAUGCUCCGUAACAAUGGUCACGUGAAGCUGACAGACUUUGGACUCUGUAAGGAGUCGAUCCACGAUGGUACCGUCACUCACACCUUCUGCGGAACCAUAGAGUACAUGGCACCAGAAAUUCUCAUGAGAAGCGGCCAUAACCGAGCUGUGGAUUGGUGGAGUCUGGGAGCCCUGAUGUAUGACAUGCUAACAGGAGCUCCGCCAUUCACCGCAGAAAAUCGGAAGAAAACCAUAGACAAAAUCCUAAAGUGCAAACUGAGCCUUCCACCAUACCUCACCCAAGAAGCACGGGACCUUCUCAAAAAGCUGCUGAGAAGAAAUGCAUCAACGAGGAUGGGAGCAGGUCCUAGAGAUGUUUUAGAUGUCCAGGCCCAUUCCUUCUUCAGACACAUGAACUGGGAUGAUCUGCUGGCUUUUAAAGUUGAACCUCCCUUUAAGCCUUUUUUGCAAUCAGCAGAUGACGUUAGCCAGUUUGACUCCAAGUUCACUAGUCAGACUCCUGUGGACAGUCCCGACGACUCGACGCUCAGCGAAAGCGCCAACCAAGUCUUCCUGGGCUUUACGUACAUCGCUCCAUCUGUGCUCGAAAACAUCAAGGAGAAGUUCACUUUUGAACCAAAAUACCGUUCACCUCGCAAGCUUCUGGGAAGCCCAAGAACACCAGUGAGCCCUAUGAAGGGUGAAGGGGAAGACGGUUGGUCUCGGGGCCCACCCUUCCCAGAAGUGCCCACAACCACCGCCUCUCUCCUGCCGCCCACUGAUGCACCCAUGGAGGUGUCUAAUGUUGAGCAGAUGGACAAUUGCAGCAACAUGGAGGUGUCAGCCCCUCUCAACAUCAAAAAACCACUGGGAUCCAACACGGGGUCCUUCAUGAAACCAGCGGGCGGCAGGAGACCCAAGAAUCUGAGGAUGAAUCAUUGAUGAGUGCCUUAAGUUUUGUACUUCAGGGAUUUACCAAAAAGGCCUUUCUGCUCCCAGUUUCUGUCACUGAAACACUUACAGCAUUAGUGUACAUCACGCAAGCUUGUCCUCUCUCUGCUCUGAAACAGACAGACCACCUUACAAUUUAGGUGACUCUGAGCAUGAAUUUCACAGAUUAUAUUUUAUAGGCCAUGCUCAUGCAAAACAUGAGGGAGAAUUCAUAGUAUCUUCUGUUGUAUAUUUGAAGUUGAGUUUGAGUCGAAUAACUGUAUGAGGCUGGGAUAGCUAUAAAAGUAUUGAAAUGGAUAGUUCACCCAAGAAAUAUCAAUUCUGUCAUGAACUCACCCUUAUGUCAUUCCAAACCUGUAUAACUUGCUUCCUUUUUUCUGUCAAACACAAAAUAUGAUUUUCUUUAGCAAUUUUCACAGAUUGACUUCUGUGGAUAAAAACAAUUGAAUUAUGCUUCAAAAUGUCUUCUGUUGUGUUUCACAGAAAGUCAUCCAGGUUUGAAACCGCAUGAGGGUAAAUAAUGACAGAAUAUGAAUUGUUGGGUGGAUUGUCUUUUUAAAAUGGUGAGAGAAGAUUAAGGUCUACAUUCUUGAGGAGUCUGUCUGAUUUAUGAAAUAUUUGAUUCCUAAUUCAUAGUUGUUAGGACUCGUAGAAUCACUGGUGUAGGGCACUCUACAGUCGUUUUAGUGAAACCUACCAAUGAUAAACUAUGAAGUAAAAAAUAUAAGCUGAUUUUUUUUUCAUGUUAGUUCAUUUGCUGUAUAUUCAUGAGACAGUAUUAGAUUACUUCAAGAAAUGAUUCUCUUAUUUUGGUUUGGUCUUGAUUACAUUUAAUAUUCAUACAUUCAGGUAUGCAUCUACCUGUGUUCUGGGCAUCAAAUCACUGUUUUUCUUUUUGACGGUAACAAGCUAUUUUCCAAACAAACUGUCUGACCAAAGAAUAUAAAAAAUUUAGAUUACUGGAUAAAACCUGUUAAUCCAGAGUACAGUUACUUAUUUCUAAGACACAGCCACAAAUGCCAUUAAUACUAAUAUGCUGUCACCCAUCAGCGACCACUAUUGAUUUUAAACCGAAUGUUUAUUUAAUUUUACUUUUGACCCUAGAGAGCAAAGUGAGUUUCACGUCCCUUAUCAGAAAUUGAUUUUCUUUUUUUUCCUGAAUUUGUUUUGAUUUUUUUUUUUUACAUAUUUAUUUUUCAGGUGCCAUAUAGUUCUAAACUAUGCAAAUUAUUUAUUCUUUAUAGUCAAGAAUGCUGUUCUGGAUUUAGCCUGAUUAGUUACAUGAACACAAAGACAUGCCAACCCCUUUCAUUUCUGUAUUGGUGUUGGGGUAAUUUCUAAUCUCAAGGACAUUAAAAAUGUUGGGAUUUCAAGUAUGUUUUCAGGAUGUGUACUGUGCACCAGAUGAGGGGAAAACCACUGGAUCAUUUAUCGUUCUAUUGAAUCUUUAUGAAAUAAGCUUGGGUAUAUGUGGUUAAGGGAAAAGAAGAUCUCUAUUCUAGAUGAAUCCAGAAUGAUGGAAGAGUCAUAAAGUAUAAAAAACUUAUCUGUAUCUAUUUCAUUGCUGUGCAUAAACAAGAUUCUUCAUGAAUAUUGGUACUCUUUUCUUGUAUAUUAGUUCUUAUGCAAUCAAUAUUUAUGAUGAUGUGACGCCUUGAACUGGUGAACACCGAAUCUGCAUCUUGUUAAGAUUUGCUGUAUGUAAGCAGGGGUUAUUUAGAUGGUUUCAUGUAUCGUAUUUCACAGGCAUUCCUGUGUUAUUAACUGAAUGUCCGCGUGUGAGCCUGCGAUUGCAUCUCUGUGACCACAUUUAAACAAUUUCUGAACGGCACACUUUUUUUCCCAUGGGAAUGUAAAAAAAGCUUGUUUUCUGCUUGAGAACAUGGUUCUAUUGCGACUUUGUAACUCACUGAUUGAAUGUGAUGUUAACUUCAGUCCUCAAGCUCUAAUUUCUGUAAUGUAGAUUGUAAUUGUGGUUGGACAUUAGGAGGCCAUUGCUCUGAUUGAACUGUCUGGACUUUGCAGCAGUUUCCAUCAAGCCAAUAAUUGGCUGUACUCACUAUGCACAGGAAGCAUGAUUGUGAAUAUCUUAAUCUGUCAGAUACACUGCCGACUGAUAAACAACAGCCUGCUGUGCCGUGGCAGUUAACAGCCCAUAAUGAACUCAUAUGUGAAUUUGCCCUCACAUACACAAAUAUUGACCAUUUAUUCAAUGUAAUGUUGUCUGAGAGAGAGAGAGAGGGGUCUGUAAUGUUGCAUAAAUGGUGUUAUGUA